GUCUUCCUUUCAUCUACAGGUAAUGCAGGUGGUGAAGGAGCAGGUUAUGAGAGCUCUUACAACCAAGCCUAGCUCCCUGGACCAGUUCAAGUGCAAACUGCAGAACCUGAGCUACACUGAGAUCCUGAAAAUCCGCCAGUCUGAGAGGAUGAACCAGGAAGAUUUCCAGUCUCGCCCGAUUUUGGAACUGAAGGAGAAGAUUCAACCAGAAAUCUUGGAGCUGAUCAAACAGCAACGCCUGAACCGCCUCGUGGAAGGGACCUGCUUUAGGAAACUCAACUGCCGGCGGAGGCAAGACAAAUUUUGGUACUGUCGACUUUCACCCAACCACAAAGUCCUACACUAUGGAGACUUGGAAGAGAGUCCCCAGGGAGAAGUGCCCCACGAUUCCCUGCAGGACAAACUGCCGGUGGCAGAUAUCAAAGCUGUGGUGACGGGGAAGGACUGCCCUCAUAUGAAAGAGAAAGGUGCCCUUAAACAAAACAAGGAGGUGCUUGAACUUGCUUUCUCCAUCUUGUAUGACUCAAACUGCCAGCUGAACUUCAUAGCUCCUGACAAGCACGAGUACUGUAUCUGGACGGACGGGCUGAAUGCACUGCUGGGGAAAGACAUGAUGAGUGAGCUGACCCGGAAUGACUUGGACACCCUGCUCAGCAUGGAAAUCAAGCUCCGCCUCCUCGACCUGGAAAACAUUCAGAUCCCUGACGCACCUCCCCCCAUCCCCAAGGAGCCCAGCAACUAUGACUUCGUCUAUGACUGUAACUGAAGUGGCCGGGCCCAGAAGCGCCCCCUCCAAAACUGGAAAAUCUAGCUAGCGGGAGAGAAGAAUGAAAACACACCCACGCCUCGGAACCCUCUCGCGGUGCAGAGAAGCUGUGGGUCAACACUGUCUUUGGCCUCGCCUCUAGCCCCAGCAUUCUUCUACCCCUACCUGGCGUCUUGCUCACUGCCCUGAUUCUGUUUCUAGACUCCAUUGCUUUAGGUCACUUCCCACUGCUGCAGUCUACCGAUGGGAGCAGAGCAAAACCCACCGCCAAUAAGAGAGCCAAAGGGCCCUUCCGUCCUCACCCCCCUCCCCAGCAGGCCCGUCCUCCCUCCCUGGAGGGUGCAAGCCGGCAGCACCAGACUGCCCCAAAACCUGCCCGUCAGACCGAAGGGACUGCCCCAGUGCUUGUGUCUGGAAGAAACAGCCUAGCUGCUGGAGAAGACCAAACACCGCCUCCUCAUUCCCCUUCUCUCCAGAGUCCGCUCACACCACCAGUUCCCUGUGACUCGAAAUCUGCUUUCAGGUCUUUUCCGUCCUCCGUGCAGGCCUUUGCCUUGUGCUGGUCCUCUCUGGUUCCAAGGGCAGCAGCAGAAACCUCGUUCUAGCCGUGGACCGCACCGGGUCUCCGGACCCAGUCCCAGGUCCAAUGCCAUUUCACGUCUGCACUGUGAGCGUGCCCAACCUUCUUUCCUCGCCAGCUAGUCUUGGGUGUCCUCUCUCUGCCCCAGCCCACACCUGCCUUCUUCACGCCUCACACCCUUCCAGCCCCUUAGGUGAAAGCACAAAUGGUGAAAUCAGUCGUCAUCCCCAUCUCUAAUAUACUAAACCGAAACGCCUCUGUGGCAGGCGGCCCCUCUCGACGGGUUUGGUGUUACCUUCUCCUGGGGGUUCUGCUAUAACACAGGCCCCGCAGGAUGGUCAAGCUGUCAGACAUCCAAGUUUACAUCAUUGUAAUUAUUACAAGUAUUGACAAUUUGCAAGGGUUUGGGGGUUGGUUGUUUUUUUGUUUUUUGGUGUUUUUUUUUUGCUUUGUUUUUGUACAAAAGAGUCUAACAUUUUUUUGCCAAACAGAUAUAUAUUUAAUGAAAAGAAGAGAUACAUAAAUGUGUGUACUUUCAAGGUUUUUUUUUAAUUAUUUUAAUCCUAAACAUCUUCCUGAGAAUAACAUUCCCUUAUACAUGCUGUGGAAUAAAAUGAAUUGUGAUGAGUUGGA